GCUGCUGCGGUGGAUAACAGACGAAAACGACGUCUUUCCCCCGUCAACGUAGUGGGUUCUCAAAAUAAUCGAUACAUCUGUCUACCCGCUUUCUCUUUUUUUCCUGUACAACUGCGGCCGCUGAGAGGCAGUUUCCCAUUCUCAUGAUGAAUAUUGUUGGUGUUGUGAGUUCCUGAGUGCGCUCCCCUGAAUACGUUCAUUUUCGUCUGUUCGAAACGGCCAAAUAAAUGACUAGUCUUCAAGAAAAGCCGCAGAACUUUUCGUUACUGCCAAAGAUAGUGAAUGGGGGUAUAGCUGGAAUAAUUGGAGUGACCUGUGUGUUCCCGAUCGAUCUCGUCAAGACCCGUCUCCAAAACCAGAAGAUCGGUCCCAAUGGAGAAGCGCAGUAUAGAUCGAUGUUGGACUGUUUCCGGAAAACGUUCGCUCGCGAAGGAUAUUUCGGGAUGUAUAGAGGGUCUGCGGUGAACAUUCUGCUGAUCACUCCGGAGAAAGCCAUCAAACUGACGGCGAACGACUUUUUUCGACAUCAUCUCACGAACCCGAAAACGAAUAAACUUUCGUUAACGAACGAAAUGCUUGCCGGAGGGGGCGCAGGUUUCUGCCAGAUCGUCAUCACGACGCCCAUGGAGCUGCUCAAAAUUCAAUUGCAGGAUGCAGGGAGACUCGCGUCAGGGAACAAAACGCCGAAGCUUUCGGCCACGAAAAUCGCGAUGGAUCUGAUCAAAGCCAAGGGUAUCGCCGGCCUGUACAAGGGAACGGGAGCGACGAUGCUGCGCGACGUUACCUUCUCAAUGAUCUACUUCCCGUUAUUUGCCAAUUUGAAUCAGUUAGGACCCAAACGAGAUGACGGAACAACAGUUUUUUGGGCGAGCUUCAUAGCAGGAUGCGCAGCCGGCUCGACGGCAGCGUUCUCCGUGAAUCCGUUCGACGUAGUGAAAACGAGGCUCCAGCUUCUGACCAAAGGAACCGGCGAGGAGAGUUACAAUGGCGUCGCGGACGCUGUUGCGAAAAUCAUCAGAAACGAGGGACCGAGAGCAUUUUUCAAAGGAGCUGGGUGCCGUAUGAUCGUCAUUGCCCCACUUUUCGGUAUUGCUCAGACUGUAUACUAUUUGGGAGUUGCAGAAAAGCUCUUAGGCUUGAAAUGAACGAAAUCCAGCCAGUUCAUCAAUCGAGAUCUCAGCCCCAUCAACAUGUUCGACAUCCGCCUAUCAUAGCAACAAUGAAGGCCAGUAGUAUUGCCAGAAGAGCACACACCCGACCAGAGCAGCAGGACCUUCCUGCUUCCGGCAGCGAGGUCCUGUGUUAGAAUCUGUCCAUUCCCCAUGAGAUAUUCGAGGAAGAUGUCGCGUGGGAGUCUUCGACACCUUCAGAAAACUUCAACGCAUAUCGACCACUUGGCGUUCAUGGAAACGUCGUCCGAAUGUUGUGAUCCCGUCCCGUGUUUUGAUUUAAGGGAUACGUCUUUCAAUAGAUCAUAACUUUCCCGAAGUGGAACUGCCAGCCACGUUUAGAUGUCACAAAUAUUUUUCGUCUGUUUACCAGCCUCUCGCAGAAAAGAGGACUUUCCCAGACCUAGUCAUCGUUUAGGAAACAAUAGGAACCCAAAUUGUGAUCCUAUGAGAUUCAAUAAAUGACCGAUGUA